AUGGAGAGGUUUCAAGGACACAUCAAUCCCUGUUUAGAAGCUCAAGGAUUUGUUGCCUUUAAAGAAGAAGAAGAAGAGGAGGAAGAAAGCUUGCAAGAUUCAGUUCCAUUUCUACAAAUGUUGCAAAGUGAAGAAGACCCUUCACCGUUUACAUCAUUCAAAGAACUAUUGUCUCUUCAGAACCUCCCUAACCAUUGGGAACUCAAAAGCUAUCUUCCAGAGGAUACCAACCACUUCUAUCACAACCCAAUAUCCAUGGAAGUAACCAGACAAGCUUUGUCAAGCCAAGAACUACCUUUUAGCCGACAAGACAUGACACUCCCUUCUUCCUCAUCAACACCAAACUCAAGACGCAAGCGCAAAAUCAUUAGCAACAACCCUCCUGAAGUGACUAGAGGAAAGAGGAAGAGGAGGAAAACUAAACCAAGUAAAGACAUUGAAGAAAUAGAGAAUCAAAGAAUCAACCACAUUGCUGUUGAACGUAAUCGAAGGCGACAGAUGAACGAACAUAUCAACUCCUUACGUUCUCUUCUCCCACCUUCUUACAUCCAACGAGGAGACCAAGCAUCCAUAGUAGGAGGAGCUAUAAACUACGCGAAGGUACUCGAGCAAAUCAUACAAUCACUUGAGAUGCAAAAGAGAACGAAACAGAGUAGUGGAGUUGAAAACAGAGUUACUUGCGUCCCAAGAAUCGAAGCUACGUUGAUACAGAACCAUGUGAACCUUAAAGUUGAGUGUCGGAAGAAACAAGGACAGCUUUUGAAAGGAAUCGUUUCACUUGAAAAGCUUAGACUCACUGUUCUUCAUCUCAAUAUCUCGUCAUUGUCUUGUUCAUUAGUCUCUUAUUGCUUCAACCUCAAGAUGGAAGAUGACUGUAAACUAGAAUCGGCCGAGGAGAUAACGAAGGUGGCGCAUCAGAUUUUUGAUACCUCGACGUAA